AUGCGUUUCCUAAGGAAGGCCUUCACGUUGGUGGCAUUUUCAGCCCUGGUUGCCAAUGUCCUCGGUGCUCCUGUUGAGACAGUCAAACGUGGCGAUUAUGAAGACAGCGGUGACUUGGCACGACAUGCCGUCGACCUUGAUGGGCUGAACGAGCAUCUCGCUCUCUCGACCGUUCCCUUCGACGCAAGAAAUGACGUCGACAGCCUGGUCAAGGAACUGGCCAAGCCUCCCACGGAAAAGGACUUCAGGGAUUACCUGACAGCGCUCAACAGUCAGCCAGGAUAUGUCAACUAUACCCAGAAGCUCGUCUUCUGGUCCGGCGCAACCGAGGCUCAAGCUCAGGCUUUUGCGACACAAAAUCAGCGAUUCACGGUAGGCAUGUUGAUUCAGAGAAAGAUGGAGUGGGAAAUCUAUAAGAAGCCCAAAUCCGAGGGCGGACACUGGAAGGACUGGGAUGAGACGUUCAAAAUGUUUUGGGAUCCCAUCUCCAAGGUCAUGGCCGAGCUUGCCAGAGCCCACGUGUAUGCCUACUUUACCGAGGCUCGUGCCGCGGAGCAGAAGGAUAUAACACGAUGCUUGGCUGUCUGGUGUAGGAUAGAGAAGAGGAUUCUCAUCGACUCUCUGAAUGCCAGGCCUGCUAGGAUCAACAGCAUACUAAAGUUUAUUCUCUACAAAGACGGAACGACCAAGCCCGCCGGUCUGAUAGAGAAGAUUAUGGAUUAG